UGGGCAUUUAAUCAAAAAGAUUUUUUUCAUUAAUUCCAUUGAUUUUCUGAAAGUUAAUUGGGCAUUUAAUCAAAAAGAUUUUUCAUUAAUUCCAUUGAUUUUCUUUGGUUAUAAAACUGGCUUCCGGAAGAGAUGAAGAUAUAACCUUUUGCAUCAAUUUUAGUGAGAUUCUGGGCAAGUGUUUUGAAAGAGUAGAUGUUGGUUCGAUUUCUCAUAGUGCAGAGAAAUCAAACAAGAGAAAUUGUUUUAUCCCAUAGGAUUUCGACAAGAAUUGACUGCUAGCAAAAUCAAGAGGCUGCGUCGCGAAACAUCUUAAAGAUAGCGACCUAGUACGCAACUCAGUUGUUUGAGAUUUUUCCUUGUGUGAUUUAAUUCUAGUGCAUUGUUUCCAAGACAUACUACAGAGCUUGUUAUUGAGAGAUAGAAAGAGUUCAGUAGCCAUAAUUCUCAAGAGAUUCAGCAAUCAGUACGUGAUGGAGUCGAGCAAGUUAACAAUGAAUGGGUUUCUUUCGAUCAUGCUGGUGGUAACGUUGAUAAUAUGGAUUGGUACAAAUGAUCAAGUUAUGGGUGCAACCACCAUGGAUGAUGAAGCAGAACCAACAAGUCCUAGGUGGUGUGUGGCAAAGUAUGGAGCAAGUGAGCAAGCACUGAAAGAUAUUAUAGAGUGGAUUUGUGCCGGGCGUAAAGUGGAUUGUUCCCCUUGUAGGGAAGGUGGAAGCUGUUAUGAACCAGAUACUUUGUAUAGGCACGCUUCUUUUCUCAUGAAUAGAUAUUACCAAGUUAAUCGUCAAAAAGGGGAUUGUGAUUUCAGUGGCAAUGGUAUCGAGAUUGAAUUUGAACCCAGUUGUGGAAAGUGCUUUUAUGAUCUUAAAAGUCAGUGAUUUUAACGAGAAAGGAAUGAAUUAAGUUGGUCUAGAAGCUUUAUUAAAUAAAUCAGCGCUUCAAUAUAUGGUGUGGGAAGGAAAAAUGGAGUCGAUACGUAUUACUGUGUUACAUGGUUGUAACUUACAGCAAUUGAAUCAUCUACAUCUAUCUAUCCGAGAGUCCGAGACUUGUAUUGUUCAAAAACAUAUGCACGUCUCUCUCUAUAUAUUAUAUAUGAAAUUUUGGAGAUAUUAUAAAGAUUUCGGGGUCAGUUUCUUGUUGUGUUUU